AUGAUCAAACAUAAAACUCCAACGUUAGUCUUAGGACUAACGUUUGCACUGUUGUUGGCCUGCACCGGCCCCUCGCCAACUGCUGCCCAAGAUGAUUCGUUGGCCGGUAGUUUUCUAUCCGGUCUGUUGGAUACCAUUACCAGUACAGCCGAUUCUAAAGAUUGUCCCGGUGUGUGUGUCCACACAUUGGCCACACUGAUCUGUUACGAGGUGUUGGAUGAUGUACCAUGUCCAUCGGCCAGCAUGAAAUGUUGCAUAGAAAGUGCCCCAGCAAAAAAUGUUACAGCUCUGUUGAGCAGUAGCAGUAGUACGACAACAACGACGACCACAACAACAACCAGUACAAAACGGCCCACAACUACAACCAGCAAACCCAGACCUAAGAUUACAACGACUACCACAACGACACACAAGCCAAAAACAACACAAAAGAAACCGAUUACAACAACGGCCACAAAGACAACGACUAAGAAACCUUCGGCGGCAGCAACGACAACAACAGCAGCAGCUGCCACAAAGAAAGUAGAUAAUAAAGAUAAUAAGAAGGCUGAUGAAAAAUCGGUGGACAAAUGCAAGGGUGUUUGUGUUACAGAUCGUAUUGCCGAAUAUUGUGAAGCCUAUUUGACCAGCCCGGAUUGGUGUAAAGAGGGUACCAAGUGUUGUGUGUCGUUAGAUGAUUAUGCCAAUACAAAAAUGCCAAAGGAUAUUUAUAUACCAGCUAAACACAUGGCCAAUUUGGGUAGCUCGCACAAUAAAACCAAAACUGUAUCCACUGCAAAUAAAACUAAAGUUGCAUCAUCUUCGACAUCUUCAACAAGUACCUCCACCAGUACCACAACAACAACAUCGACAACUCCCGAACCGGCACGCACAAAAAUCAUCAGUAGCAGUUCUAGUCAAAAUAAACCCGUUAAGACGAAAAAACCUCAACCCACAGCUGCCACAACAACCACUACCACCGAAGAUCCCACCGAGGAUGAGGAGGAGGAAAACGAAAACGAUGAACAACAACAGGACGACGAUGAACCCGAAGCAAAUGAAAAGAACGAAAAUGCAAAUGGUCAAGUUCUCAAAGAGUGUGAAGGAGAAUGUAUGAAUGGUAUUUUGGCCAUUUUCUGUGAUGACAUUGAUUCCGAUGCAUUCUGUCCGAAUGAGGGUAGUUGUUGUAUUACAGGCCAGCCGACAGCACAAACCUCACCCGCCACUAAGGUUAACCCUACAAAAGCACCAAACAAAACAGCCGCAAAGCCUUCACCCAAACCUGCACAGAAAAAAACACCACCUCCACCACCCUCUCAAUCAGGAGGUGGCGGCGGCGGAGGCGGAAGUGAUUUGUUCUCUCAAUUAAUUUCGUUUGCUGAAAAUACCUUAAGUGGUGCAGGCGGUGGUUCUCCCGAACCAGCACCUACCUCACAGGCACCACCCAAAGUACCACGUUGCCCAGGUUUCUGUUUGCUCAACAUAAUGGCUGCCUUCUGCGAACGCCCUUCAGUUUUGAUAUCAGGUCCGACUACAUGUUCCAAGGGUUCGGUGUGCUGUGAUAAUUCUCGUUCGGGAUCCCCUAAACCACCACCACAGACCAGAUAUCCACCCACAACACAACCACCACCGCCAACUCAACCACCCUAUGUUGUGCCGAAUACCCCGUUGCCGGAUCCUCGUGAAGAAUGUCCUGGCUCUUGUAUUGUCAGCCUGCUUAGCUUUACAUGCUUCAAAAAUGCUGAAAUGACCGACCUGUUCAAGUGUAAACGUUCCGGUCAAACUUGUUGUGCUCCCAAGAGUAAGAUUCUCGAAAAGCAACAAUUCCAAACACGUAACGAUACUGCUUACGGUCAUUAUCAGCCAUUGCCUCCACCUCCCCAAAUUGGUGUACAACAAUAUCCACCACAGUCGGUAUAUCCACCACCGCCACCCUCGGCCUAUAUGCCAACCCAACAACCACAAAUGCAUCUUCAUUAUCCACCUCCACCACAACAGCAGCCACCGAUGCAAAUGCCACCUCAUCAGCCAAGUUAUGAUUAUUCGGCUUAUGGACCAGGCGGUAUUCCCCCACAAUUACAGCCACAACAUCAACACUUGCCUCCACCACCACCACCCCAACCGAUCAGCACCAUACCGACAACUACAACAACGACGACCACCACAACAACAACCCAACGACCACAUGUCUAUUCGAAAUAUGUUUGCGGUGUGAAGGGUACUUUGCGUACUGGUCGCUCAUCCCCAGCUCUAUCAUUGGUCUCGUAUAUCCGUGCCAAAUAUGGCGUCCAUCGUCAAUCACGCCAGCUAAGUGAAAACUUCAUAAUGCCCAGUGGUAUGCAAAAGACAAAUGAGCGUCUAAUCCUAGGCUCCGAUAUUGUACCCAUACAAAUACACAAUGAUAAGCUGGGUGAUUUGGUGCAGGACGAAGUUGCUAAUUAUAAUCAGGUCCGCUCGUAUACUGAUGAUUAUCAGGCGGCGGUAUUUGCCCAAAAUUACUUCGCCAAUUAUAGCACAUCGGGUCGCAGGCGAGCUCGUGUUGUUGGCGGUGAAGAUGGUGACAACGGUGAAUGGUGCUGGCAGGUGGCUUUGAUUAAUUCCAUGAAUCAGUAUUUGUGUGGUGCUGCCCUUAUUGGUACCCAAUGGGUGUUGACGGCGGCUCAUUGUGUCACAAAUAUUGUAAGAUCAGGUGAUGCCAUUUAUGUACGUGUUGGUGACUAUGAUUUGACCCGCAAAUAUGGCAGCCCUGGAGCCCAAACAUUACGUGUGGCCACCACAUAUAUUCAUCACAAUCACAAUAGCCAAACAUUGGAUAAUGAUAUUGCCCUGCUGAAGUUACAUGGCCAGGCGGAACUGAGAGAUGGUGUUUGUUUGGUUUGUCUGCCCGCCCGUGGUGUAAGUCAUGCUGCCGGUAAACGUUGUACCGUAACCGGUUAUGGUUAUAUGGGAGAAGCUGGUCCAAUUCCAUUGCGUGUACGUGAAGCUGAAAUUCCCAUUGUCAGUGAUACGGAGUGUAUACGCAAGGUGAAUGCUGUAACGGAGAAAAUCUUUAUUCUACCCGCUUCCAGUUUUUGUGCUGGCGGUGAAGAGGGCAAUGAUGCCUGUCAGGGUGAUGGCGGUGGUCCACUUGUCUGUCAAGAUGAUGGUUUCUAUGAGUUGGCCGGUUUGGUGUCGUGGGGCUUCGGUUGUGGCCGUGUCGAUGUACCCGGUGUUUAUGUCAAAGUGUCAUCGUUCAUUGGUUGGAUUAAUCAAAUCAUAAGUGUCAAUAAUUUAUAGUCACAUCAAAAGGAGUCU